AUGCUGGUCACUGUGUACUGUGUUCAGAGGGACCUCUCCGAGCUAACUUUCUCCCUCCGGGUCCGCCCUGACUUUGAGCUCCGCAAUUUCCGAGUUCUCUGUGAGCUCGAGUCUGGCAUCCCUGCUGAAGAGACCCAGAUUUUCUACAUGGAGAGGCUCCUCGCCGACGACCACGCUUCUCUGGGCUCCUAUGGCCUCAAAGACGGCGACGUGGUUGUUUUACUUCAGAAGGAGAAUGUAGGACCUCAGCCUUCAGGUCGCUUGUCGAGCCUGCCUCUGGUAGAUCUCACUGGGGUCACCACGCCUGGGACAUCCAGCUCCCGGCAGCAGCAGCAGGCACAUUCAUCCCGGCAGUCCCAUGGCCUAGGCUCUGGAGAGAUGACAUCUGCUCAAGGCCUGGGCAGCCCUGCCUUGAUUCGAAGCAUGCUGCUCUCCAAUCCCCAUGAUCUGUCUUUGCUGAAGGUACGCAAUCCUCCGUUGGCGGGAGCCUUGCUCAGUGGAAACCUUGAGACAUUUUCUCAGGUCCUGAUGGAUCAGCAAAGGGAAAGUGCCCUGAGAGAGCAAGAGAGGCUUCACCUCUACUGUGCUGACCCAUGUGAUUUGGAAGCUCAGGCCAAAAUAGAAGAAGAAAUCCGGCAGCAAAACAUCGAGGAAAACAUGAAUAUAGCUAUAGAAGUAGCUCCAGAGAGUUUUGGACAAGUGGCCAUGCUCUAUAUCAACUGCAAAGUGAAUGGACAUCCUUUGAAGGCUUUUGUUGACUCGGGGGCUCAGAUGACUAUUAUGAGCCAAGCCUGUGCUGAGAGAUGUAACAUAAUCCGGCUGGUGGACCGAAGAUGGGCUGGGGUUGCUAAAGGGGUGGGCACACAGAGAAUCAUGGGCCGAGUUCAUCUAGCUCAGAUUCAAAUAGAGGGCGAUUUCUUACAAUGCUCUUUCUCUAUCCUCGAGGAGCAGCCCAUGGACAUGCUUCUAGGGCUAGAUGUGCUCAGGAGACACCAGUGUUGCAUUGACUUGAAGAAAAACGUGCUGGUGAUCGGCACCACUGGCACGCAGACUCACUUUCUUCCUGAGGGAGAGUUGCUCCCAUGUGCUAAGCUGGUAAGUGGUACUGGGCAAGAAGAGUCUUCAGGCAAGGAUGGCAGAUACUAUUAA